GUGAGUGACUUCGACGUGAACGAGGUUAUUCACUCGAACGUAAUAGCUAGCGUGAUGGUGCUAAGCUAGCUGUCAGCCAGGCAACCACAGGUUUUGCUGCCGACUUAGCUGCCGGAUGCUUCCGGUCGUGUCCUGUUGGCCGUCUUGACAUUCCCUCAACAUUCCUGGACGAAUUCGUGUCGACUGACCAGAGUCCGCGAAUUCACGUCCACUCCCGAUCCAACCUUUCCCCCGCUAGUGUAACGUAGCUCGCCGGCUAACGAGGGCGCACACUCGGAGAGAAGAGAGUUCCACUUGAGGACCACACCCAGGCAAGAUGUCCCUUCAUCAGUUUCUGCUGGAGCCCAUCACCUGCCACGCAUGGAACCGCGACAAGACACAAAUUGCCAUCAGUCCUAAUAACCAUGAAGUUCAUAUCUUCAAGAAGAGUGGAAAUCAGUGGGUCAAGACCCAUGAACUGAAGGAGCACAAUGGACACAUAACAGGUAUUGACUGGGCUCCCAAAAGUGACCGUAUAGUGACAUGUGGAGCGGACCGUAAUGCCUAUGUGUGGUCCCAGAAGGAGGGUGUAUGGAAGCCCACACUGGUCAUCCUCAGGAUUAACCGAGCUGCCACCUUCGUCAAGUGGUCUCCUCUGGAGAAUAAAUUUGCCGUCGGCAGUGGGGCUCGACUCAUAUCUGUCUGCUACUUUGAGUCUGAGAACGAUUGGUGGGUGAGCAAGCACAUCAAGAAGCCAGUCCGCUCCACCAUUCUCAGUCUGGACUGGCAUCCCAACAAUAUCCUGCUUGCUGCUGGAUCCUGUGACUUCAAAUGCAGGGUGUUCUCAGCCUACAUUAAAGAGGUGGAAGAGAAACCAGGCCCCACACCCUGGGGCAGCAAGAUGCCAUUUGGGGCUGUGCUAGCAGAAUUUGGAGGAGCUGGUGGAGGAGGUUGGGUCCACUCUGUCUCUUUCUCAGCUUCUGGUAACCGCCUGGCCUGGGUCAGCCAUGACAGCACUGUCACUGUGGUGGACAGCUCUAAGACUGCCAGUCCUUUACAGCUGAAGACGGAGUUCCUUCCUCUCCUCAGUGUCAUGUUUGUUUCAGAGAACAGUCUAGUAGCUGCGGGCCACGACUGCUGCCCAAUGCUGUUCCGUUGUGACGAUGGUGGAACGCUGACAUUCGUCUCAAAGCUCGACCUCCCCAAGCAGAGUAUCCAGAGGAACAUCUCUGCCAUGGAGCGCUUCAGGAACAUGGACAAGAGAGCCACCACUGAAGACCGUAACACUGCCCUGGACACACUGCACCAGAACAGCAUCACCCAAGUGUCUAUCUAUGAGGGUGACAAAAGGGACUGUCGUAAGUUCUGCACCACAGGCAUCGAUGGAGCAAUGACCAUUUGGGACUUCAAGAGUCUAGAAGCUUCUAUCCAGGGUCUCCGCAUCAUGUGAAGAAAUCUUGUGAAUGAAUGAAGAGACGCUGCGCCCCCUCCCUCCCCCCUCUCGCCCUAGCAGUCAUCAACCCUCCUCACCUUCCCUCCACUCCUGCGACGCAGCCAGUAACAUAAAUAACUGACCACCUUAUUGAGUGUCUGCUGAAGCACUGAUCAGACCAUUACACACUCUUGUGGGUGUGUCACACUCACACUCUCACAUACACUAAAAUACACAAACAUGCAUACAUGACGCCCACACAUACACACAACUGAGCUGACGUGUGACAUCACUGUUCAUUUUUUUGUUUUGCUUUGUUUUUAAAUGAAGGUUAACCAGGUGUCAAAGUGGGAUGGUCCUCUGACACGUAUUAAGCGUGAUGUGAAAUGUGUGUUUUUAUGUUCUCUAACCUCCUGUACCAAAAGUUGAACACUAGAAAAGUGUGUUUUAUCCAAAAAUCAGACUGUACGUCACCUCGGAUUAACCCCAACAUGAUCUCCUAAUAUCAGCGUUUAGUGAAGCAGAUGAUUUGAGUGUUUACUUCCUGGAGCAUAGUGAAUCAUUGUUUGGAUUUUAGGAGCUGGUUAUUGAUAUUGUGAGGUCAAGUUGCAGGUUGAUGUAGAGAACUGUACAGGAUCUGAUGUUGGAGAGAGAAAGCAGCUGUCUAAACUCGGUGUGGAGUCACAGCUGGGCAGCACUCGGCUUCAUAGCUACUACACUAAAAAAACCACACAAGAUGGAGGAUUUCUAUGUAACAGGUCAUGAGGUAGACAUGAAAUAAAGAUUAAAUACAUUUACAGUACACAACUCA